AUUGCAAUAAUAAAAUAUAAUUAAAAAAAAAAAAUUGGAGCAGUGGUAUCGGGGAUGGAGAGGUUCGUGUUCAAAGGGGUGGCGUCAAACCUGGUGACGUAUCUAACGGACGUGAUGAAGAUGAGCAACUCGUCGGCGGCGAAGACCGUCAGCAGCUGGUGUGGCUUCACUUCCAUGCUGCCGCUUCUGGUGGCGCCGCUUGCUGAUUCUUAUUGGGAUCGCUAUUCCACCAUCUUAGCUUUUGGUUUUCUUUACGUUCUGGGUCUGGUCGCUUUAGCAUCAACCACAUUAGCAAGAACAUGGUCACCAACAAACAUGGCCUCCUCCUUUCUGUUCUGGUCCCUCUACCUCAUCUCCCUCGGCCAGA